AUGUCUUCAGUUGUGUAAGUGGAGGGUGAGAAUAAUGCGUGAGGAAUCGAACACGAGGGGGCGGAGCUACAGACAGGUGGACCUCUGCUGUCCGUGGUGCUGAAACCUCAUUUCACUCCUCAACCUCCUCUCACCUCUUUUCGUUCUCUUGUCAAAUCCUUGACAACUUUACAACAUCUUUUUUUUUCUUUUCUUUUUUUCUAUAUCAUCGAGUGGAUCUUAAAGAUGCGUGGAUUAAGACUGCGCAAGGCAAAAGCGGACUUACUGGAGCGCUGCUUUGUGACUGUGGGCGCAGUCUUCUCCCACUGAGCGUCCUCCUACUCCAUCUUCUUCUUCUUCCAGGGUCCAUUGGAUGCUGAAAGGAACUUGAAUUUUUUGGAUUUGAUGAACAAUAUGCACAUAGUUGCAUUUCUUCCAGUAGUCGCCUAGAGAUCAAUCCCCGAUAUGGAGGCUGGCAAUCAGAGGGCUCUCCCUACCUCUAAAGAGGGUUUCAAGCAAAUAGCAGGGAAGGCUCUGGGAAGUCUGUACAGGCGGUUGGAGAAGAAGCAGCAGCAGACAGGCGAGGCCAUCGAGCUGACGGAGGACGGGAGGCCCCUGGCCGAGCAGGGCCGCAGGGGGCCCCUGUGCGACUGCACGUGUUUCGGGCUCCCUCGCCGGUACAUCAUCGCGAUGCUGAGCGGCCUCGGCUUCUGCAUCUCCUUCGGCAUCCGCUGCAAUCUGGGCGUGGCCAUCGUCAGCAUGGUCAACAACCACACCGUCCACCAGAACGGAAAGAUCAUCAUUUUAGAGAAAGCUAAAUUUAACUGGGAUCCUGAGACUGUGGGGAUGAUCCAUGGCUCCUUCUUCUGGGGCUACAUUGUCACCCAAAUUCCAGGAGGGUACAUUUCCUCCAGACUGGCUGCCAACAGGGUUUUCGGCGCCGCCAUCGUAUUGACAUCCACCCUCAACAUGUUCAUCCCCUCCGCCGCCCGCUCCCACUAUGGGUGCGUCAUCUUCGUGAGGAUAUUGCAAGGCUUGGUGGAGGGCGUGACUUAUCCAGCCUGUCAUGGCAUCUGGAGUAAAUGGGCUCCUCCAUUGGAGAGAAGUCGACUGGCAACCAUCUCUUUCUGUGGCUCCUACGCUGGAGCGGUCAUAGCCAUGCCUCUGGCUGGAAUCUUGGUCCAGUACACCGGGUGGUCGUCUGUCUUCUAUGUGUACGGAACCUUUGGCUUAAUUUGGUACAUGUUCUGGAUCUUGGUGUCCUACGAGAGCCCGGCCGAGCACCCGACCAUCAGCGAGGAGGAGCGUCGUUACAUCGAAGAGAGCAUCGGUGAAACCGCCCAGAUGUUGAGCGCCAUGGAGAAAUUCAAGACUCCCUGGAGGAAGUUCUUCACUUCUAUGCCCGUCUAUGCAAUAAUUGUGGCCAACUUCUGCAGGAGCUGGACAUUUUAUCUGCUACUAAUCAGUCAGCCCGCAUACUUUGAAGAGGUGUUUGGCUUUGAGAUAAGCAAGGUCGGAAUGGUGUCAGCGCUCCCCCACUUGGUCAUGACCAUCAUUGUGCCCUUAGGAGGCCAGUUAGCCGACUACCUGCGUACACACAACAUCAUGUCCACCACCACGGUGCGCAAGAUCAUGAACUGUGGAGGGUUCGGUAUGGAGGCCACCCUCCUACUGGUGGUGGGUUACUCUCACAGUAAGGGGAUGGCCAUCUCCUUCUUGGUGCUGGCUGUGGGCUUUAGUGGGUUUGCAAUAUCAGGUUUCAAUGUCAACCAUUUAGACAUCGCUCCACGUUAUGCCAGCAUCCUCAUGGGCAUCUCCAAUGGCGUUGGCACCCUGUCAGGGAUGGUCUGUCCUCUAAUCGUGGGAGCCAUGACAAAGAAUAAGACUCGGGAGGAGUGGCAGUACGUCUUCCUAAUUGCCUCAAUGGUGCAUUACGGGGGCGUGGUGUUCUACGGGAUCUUUGCCUCCGGGGAAAAACAACCAUGGGCCGACCCGGAGGAGACCAGCGAAGAAAAGUGCGGCUUCAUCGACGAGGACGAGCUGGCCGAAGAGACAGGUGACAUCACGCAGGGUUACGGCGCCGUGGGCGGCCCGGCUAAAAGCUACGGCGCCACAGCGCAGCUCAAUGGCGGUUGGGUGCAGGACUGGGAUAAGACGGAGGAGUACGUGCAGGAACCAGCUGGGAAGAUGUACUCAGAGCGAGGCUACUCUUAGAGCAGAUCAAUCCUACGUUGCACAAAAUAACUUGAGAUAGAUUAAUCCAUUCUGUGUAUUCCACAUAGUGUAGUUUUCCACACACUCAUCACAUCUACAGUCAGCACACACUAGUGCACUGUUUUUCAACCUUUUCUGAGCUCUGGCAUAGUUUUUUCAUUGAAAAAAUCCUGAGGCACACCACCAGCAGAAAUCAUUGAAAAAUUAAACUCAGCAGCCGAUAUUGACAAUUAAAAAGUCGUUUUCGCAAGUGUUGGAUAUGAAUUCAAACCAUAACCAACCAUGCAUCACUAUAGCUCUUGUCUCAAAGUAGGUGUACUGUCACAUCACGCCGUGACUUAUUUGGAGUUUUUUGGUGUCUUCCUGUGUGUAGUGUUUUAGUUCUUGUCUUGCGCUCCUAUUUUGGUGGCUUUUCCUGUUUUUUGGUAUUUUCCUGUAGUAGUUUCAUGUCUUCCUUGAGCGCUAUUCCCCGCACUUGCUUUGUUUUCGCAAUCAAGACUAUUUAAGUUGUGCGAACGCUAUCCUUCUUUGUGGGGACAUUGUUGAUUGUCAUGUCAUGUUGGAUGUACUUUGUGGACGCCGUCUGCUCCACACGCUGUAAGUCUUUGCUGUCGUCCAGCAUUCUGUUUUUGUUUACUUUGCAGCCAGUUCAGUUUUGGUUUCGUUUUGCAUAGCCAUCCCUAAGCUUCAAUGCCUUUUCUUAGGGGCAUUCGCCUUUUGUUUAAGCGUUAGAUACCUUUUUACCUGCACACUGCCUCCCGCUGUCUUCUGCAUAUUGUGAUCACGACAAAACAUCUACAUAGCAAUUAGCUACCUGCUGCCACCUACUGAUAUGGAAGAGUAUUACAUGGUUACUCUGCCGAGCUCUAGAUAGCACAGACGCUCAAUAACGGCACAUUUGCGAAUAAUAAUUACUGGUUUGAAAACAUUUUUUUUAACCCAAUUAGGUGAAAUGACAUAAUCUCCCACGGCACACCAGACUGUAUCUCACGACACACUAGUGAGCGGCGGCACAGUGGUUGAAAAACACUGCACUAGAGAUGUUGCAAAGCAAGUUGCAGGCCAAUGUUGUACAAAAGGUUCUUAAGCACCCAAACCUCAUCAGUUUACUUGAACGACAUGAGCCACAUGACCUUGCAGUAGACCCUCACUCAAGGUCUCUCUCUUUCCAAUUGCACUGAAGUAUUCUAAAAAAAAAAAAAAAAAAAAGCAGAUUACAUUGUGUUGUAUGUACUGUAUAUACCUGUAUACUGUUUCUGUGAGACUAUUGUGGAUUUGGGUCGUUGAUCUGUGUUUAUCAUUGAUAUAAAAAGGCCAUAUUUUUCAUGGACAGUACCUUUUCAGGGAGGUGUCUGCUUGCAAAAAAAAAAAAAAGGUAUCUUCCUCGUCCUAGAGCGAGGCGAGUAAUACUCCUAAGGGUGAGUGAACCUUAGGGUGCGUUUACACUUGUCAUGUUUGGUUGGGUUAAAGCUAGUUCUUAGCUCAUUCAAAGGGACUCAGACCAGGCGCUCUUUAAACAUAUAUUUUAGAAACUUUGGUAACACUUUAGUAUGGGGAACAUAUUUACCAUUCAUUAGUUGCUUAUUAACAUGCAAAUUAGUAACAUACUGGCUCUUAAUUAGUCAUUAUUAAUUCCUUAUUAAUGCCUUAUUCUGCAUGGCCUUAUUAUACAACCAGUAAGCCAUUAACACUUUAGUAUGAGGAACAUAUUCACCAUUAAUUAGUUGCUUAUUAACAUGCAAAUUAGUAACAUAUUGGAUCUUAAUUACCGUAUUUUUCGGAGUAUAAGUCGCUCCGGAGUAUAAGUUGCACCGGCCGAAAAUGCAUAAUAAAGAAAGAAAAAAAAACAUAAGUCGCACUGGAGUAUAAGUCGCAUUUUUGGGGGAAAUUUAUUUGAUAAAACCCAACACCAAGAAUAGACAUUUGAAAGGCAAUUUAAAAAUAAAUAAAGAAUAGUGAACAACAGGCUGAAUAAGUGUACGCUAUAUGACGCAUUAAUAACCAACUGAGAACGUGCCUGGUAUGUUAACAUAACAUAUUAUGGUAAGAGUCAUUCAAAUAACUAUAACAUAUAGAACAUGCUAUACGUUACCAAACAAUCUGUCACUCCUAAUCGCUAAAUCCCAUUAAAUCUUAUACGUCUAGUCUCUUACGUGAAUGAGCUAAAUAAUAUUAUUUGAUAUUUUACGGUAAUGUGUUAAUAAUUUCACACAUAAGUCGCUCCUGAGUGUAAGUCGCACCCCUCGGCCAAACUAUGAAAAAAACUGCGACUUAUAGUCCGAAAAAUACGGUAGUCAUUAUUAAGUACUUAUUAAUGCCUUAUUCUGCAUGGCGUUAUUAUACAACCAGUAAGCCGGUAACACUUUAGUAUGAGGAACAUAUUCACCAUUACUAACCCUAACCCUAACCCUCUAACCCUAACCAAAUAACUUUGUUACUUAAAAUAUGUUCCCCUAGUGUCCAAAUAACUCUAAAUUAAGUCUUUGUUACUUAGAAUAUGUUCCCCAUACUUAAGUGUUACUGAAACAGUACUUUUUGAAAGCAUAAAGAACACCAAACCUGUUCAAGCCAGAAUGUAACAUUUUGGUUUCUAUUAUUUGAGUCACAGCUUUUUCCGCGUGUGUUGUUUACUGUGCAGCAAGUGUGAACGCAGCCUCGGGAUCGUUGUGUGUGUCUGUUGCAUGACUUUGCUCUGAUCGAUGUCGAGCCUGCCGCUUGGUGGACGAGAAAAUAAACUUCCCGGAAUCAGACGGUGAUCUGAGACGAAUCAUUGAAGUUGGGUGUGCACUGCAAUAAACCCUGUGUAACGGCUGCUACCCGCCAUCACCUUCUGUUUUCGUAACGUAACCCCGGCUUGCUGUAUCUAUCCGUUGUUAUUGUUUUGGAGUCAUGUGAUGCUCAACAACAAGAAGUGUGUUUUGAAAACAUUUACCCGUGUCCCCAAGAAUACAGCUUUAGUGCUACAGGUGACGACUUUUGACCGUGUGGGGAAUGCAGUACUGUGUGUGGACAACUCCUUUUGGUGUUUCUUGCUUCACGCUACUUUUAUGGAUCGGUUUCCACUCAUAAAAAGGCUCUUCCAUUUGCUACGCCUCCACCCCUUAUUUGCUGUACGAAGGAUGUUUAAGAUAUAUGAAUAUUUAAGAAUGUUUAAGAUGACCAAAAUAUAUUAUGAUGGCGUGGUGCCUGAAGUCGAUGUACACAGAUAAAUGUGGUUUUAUGGAUCAAAUAUUGUGUUUAACGAAGAGGUAUGUUGAUGUUGAAAAAGUGCUAUAAAAAUGCUCAAUUUAUAUAAAAAAAUG